AUGAGAGCACGGGCAUGUGGCAGUGGGAAACAGGUUGGUGGGCUAGGAGAGGGGGGCAGCAGGGCGAGUAACAGUGGCGGGGACGAGGGGUUGGUGGAGUGGCCUUGGGAAGUGCAUGAGAAGAAGAAGGUGCGUGCGAGUAAGGAGCGGAAGGCGGGGGAUGUGGGCGUGGGUGUGAAUGUGGAGGAGAAGGUUCGGCUGGAUGAGGGAGCAGUGGGUGGCAGUGUGAGGGAGGUGCUGCAUGCAUGGCGCUGUGCGGUCAUGGCUGGUAAGGCCGCUGGGGAGGGAUGGGACGAGGGCGAGGAGGGCGAGUGGCGUGAAGGCGAUUGUGCCACUGCUGGUUUGGCCAUGCCUGUUGGUCUGGGCGUGCCUGAUGGAGAAGCUGGGUUGAAGGCAGGUGACGUUGUUAAUGGUGUGGGUGACGUGGCCAAUGGUGUGGGUGACGUGGCCAAUGGUGUGGGUGACGUGGCCAAUGGUGUGGGUGACAUGGCUGAUGGUGAGGCCGGGAUUCACGAGAGGGAAGGCGAGGAGGAUCCGAUGGAGGUGGAUGGUGAGUGCGAGGAGGCGGAGUGUGUGCUAGUGCCGCCUUGUAUUGGGGAAUUGUGUGAGGCUGUUCUGCAAGAGGAGGGGGUUGAGGCACAUGCAGGUGUGAGCAGCAGUGCUGGCAGUGGCGCCUCAGGGCUUGUAGCAACUCAAGGCGCCUCAAGGAUUACAGCGCUGUCAAGCAUUGGCAUGGAGAGAGGUGGCACGCCUGGGGCGGGACACAAAGAGCAUCUGUGA